GAAAAUUGUGGAUGAGUGGCACAAAAACCAACAAGAUAUGAGAGAGGUCAUCGUCACUGUAUGAAUCAAUAAACAGUGAUGUUGGAUUUUAUAUAUAAUAUAUAGAUUAGAUCUACUUCGAAAUUUACAAUUUCAACAUCAAGAGCUUCAUUCUUGAAUUCCAUAAAGGUUCAUAAAAAGUUUUAGAUGGCAUCCUUGGCAACAGCAGAAGUGUGUGAUGUGAAUGCAGGGGAUCUGUCAAAUGGUGAUCUACGAGUUUUGCCACCAGUCUUCAAGAUAUAUGGUCAAUGCCGAGCUUUCUCAGGCCCCAUUACGACCCUUAAGGUAUUUGAGGACAAUGUGUUGGUUAGGGAGCUUCUUGAAACUAGAGGUGAAGGAAGAGUACUUGUCAUAGAUGGUGGAGGGAGUAUGCGAUGUGCUUUGGUAGGAGGAAACUUGGGACAACUAGCCCAGAAUAUGGGCUGGGCAGGUAUUGUAGUUAAUGGCUGCAUUCGAGAUGUAGAUGAGAUUAACGGUUGUGAUAUUGGUGUUCGUGCAUUGGCAUCACACCCUCAGAAAUCGAACAAGAAAGGCCAAGGCGAAAAGCAUGUUCCUAUUUACAUUGGAGGUAUGCUGAUUCGCGAAGGAGAGUGGUUAUAUGCAGAUAGUGAUGGCAUCCUCGUAUCAAAAACCGAAUUAUCGAUCUGAUUUUGAGAACCAUGAGGUUAUCUGCUCCAGCUCUGUGUCUUUAGAUCUUGGAUUGUGUUGUGCUGUUUAAAAAGAUGUAUUGUUUCAUUCAGUAUUAUCUAAUAAGGAUGUACCAAUUACUAUUUUCAUGACUCUGCUUUUGUACCAAAUAAUGAACCUAUUUUUUUGAUUGUUUUAAGGGUAAAUUUGAAUUA